AAGAUGAGCCCAAUAGUAGGUGUUUCUUUUAAAAAAAAAUUUGAACCCAUUUUCAUAGGCAAAGAUCAAGUCUUAAGUCUUCUAUAAACCAUGUUCUUGAAAUGAAUAUCAAGUCGAUCGAUUCUGAGAGAAUCAAGAAGAAAUACCAAUUGAUCUCUUCAUCCUCUCAUGGCAUCUUCUUCUUCUUUAUCAACUCGUCAAUACAGCUAUGAUGUCUUCCCAAGCUUCUCCAGUCAAGAUGUUCGGAGAACCUUUCUCAGCCACUUUCUUGAAGGGUUGAAAAGCAAAGGAAUUAAAACGUUCACAGAAAAUGGGACCAUGAGGGGAGACUCUAUCAACUCUGAGCUCGAAAAAGCUAUUAAAGAAUCAAGGAUUGCCUUCGUGAUCCUCUCUAAGAACUACGUCUCUUCGAGUAAGUGUUUAAACGAGCUGCAACUGAUCAUGGAGUGCAGAGACACUCUUGGGCAGACUGUGAUGACAAUCUUCUACGAUGUGGAUCCCUCUGAUGUCAGAAACCAAACCGGAGAUUUUGGAAAAGCCUUUGAAGAAACUUGUCAUGGGAAGACAGAAGAACAAAAAGAAAGAUGAACAAAAGCUUUGAAUCAAUUUGCAGUUAUUGCCGGAGAACACUCUGUUUCAUGGACUUUAUUCAGGUUGAUUUAGUAAUUCUACGUUCUAAACUUCAUUUAGGGCCAGUGAAGCUGCAAUGAUAUCAAAAAUUGUCAUGGAUAUUUUAAACGAGUUGCCAUAAACGGAUUUUGAUCAGUUAGUUGGAACUGAAGAUCAUGUAGCAAAGAUUAAAUCGAUGUUACGCUUGGAAUCGGAUGAGGUUAAAAUAGUGGGGAUAUGGGGUUCUGCAGGUAUUGGCAAAACCACCAUAGCUAGAGCUUUGUACAAUCAAGUUUCUGUUAAGGAUACAGCAUCGACUGUCAUCAAUACUUCAAUAUAUUCUUUCGUUGUAUCAGUAGUUUAUAUACUUACUUAACCUAGAGGCUCUCCCUUGAAUUAUGUAUAUAUAUGAUCGUGUAAUCACUCUUUGAGAUAUACAAGAAUAUACAUUCUUUAUAUGGUAUCAGAGCAAAUCCAUACCCUAUUUUUCUCUCUUGCAGCCGCCUCCUCCUUCUCUGUUCUUUGAUCUCAGACCUCAGAUCUUCUCUCAUCUUUUUCACCUCCUUCUCUUCUCUCGUCUUUUUCAUUUCUCUUUCUCUUCAUGGCUGCCAUUGUUGAAGUUGUUGAUAUGGCCCAAGGUCUUCUCAACAUCAACAUGAUGAAUACCACCAAGAUCACGUCAACAAACUACAUGACUUGGAGCCUUCAGGUUCACUCUCUUCUUGACGGGUAUGAACUUGCAGGGUACGUUGAUGGCUCCUCUGUCCCACCGGAUCAGAUGCUCACUACCGAUCCGCCUACACCAAAUCCAGCGUAUGCGAAGUGGAAAAGACAAGACAAGCUCAUAUAUAGCGGUCUUCUUGGCACUCUCUCUCCCUCCCUGCAACCGCUGGUCUCUAAGACCAAAUCUGCUGCUGAAAUGUGGAAAACAAUCUCCACCACCUAUGCCAAUCCUAGCUGGGGCCACAUCCAGCAGAUCCGACUGCAACUCAAGCAAGCCGCCAAGGGAGAUAAGACUGUUGACGACUAUAUGCAGUCCCUCACAUCUCGCUUUGAUCAAUUGGCACUUCUCGGCAAGCCGCUUGCUCUUGAAGAACAACUUGAGUUCAUCUUCGGAGGUCUUCCUGAAGAUUACAAAUCUGUCAUUGAUCAAGUGGAAGGACGUGAGACCCCGCCGUCCAUCCUUGAAGUUCAUGAAAAGCUUAUCAACAAGGAAGCCAAAAUCAUGGCCAUGGCGCUUUCACACACCACCUCUAGUCCGACCUCUGCUCAUGUUGCCACUACUCGCCCACAUACCUCUGGGAAACCAUUCUAUCGUCCAAACCAAACCUGGAACAACAACAAACAACAAUCACGCAAAGACAACCGCAUAACAAGAGGGUACCAAGGCAAGUGUCAACUAUGCGGAGUGUUUGGACAUAGCGCACAACGCUGUUCACGGCUACAAUAAUCCAAUCAAUAUAGGUCUCCAAAUGCUUUGCUACCAUCUCCCUUUCGUCCCUGGCAACCACGGGCCAAUCUCGCUCUUGGACACCAACAGACAACCACUCCGUGGUUACUGGACAGUGGAGCCACCCACCACAUGACUAGCGACCUUGGCAACUUGGCACUUCAUCAACCAUACAAUAG